AUUAGUUAAUAUGCAGUGCACGACGGUGCCCACGCACGAUGAAUAUUCAUAUUGGUGGCGUUUUCGCCGCCGUCUCUUCUCUCUCCACCCCUCCUUUCCUCCUCCCUCCUCUCUGUUCCUCCAUCCACCGCCGUGGAAACGCAGCAGCCGGCGUGGCGCUAUGGAGGCACCCCGGAAGAGCCUGUCAUAUUUACAGUUGUUCUCCCAAACUCCAUUACACACACUUUGGUUCCUUGUAGUUUGGGUGUCACUCGCUGCCGCCGCUGACACAAUGGCAGAUAAGACUCAGAUGCCGAGCAGAGACCGCGCUCUGAAGGGGAGAGAGGACAAAAUGGUCGUGGCAGACAAGCACGCAGUUAAUGGGAAUCCCACUGUGGAGCCUUUUCCAGAAGGCAUGGAGACCAUCAUGUUUGGUAUGGGCUGCUUCUGGGGAGCUGAGAAAUUUUUCUGGAGGCUUCCAGGAGUCUUCUCCACACAGGUUGGCUAUGCCGCCGGCUUCACACCUAACCCCACUUAUGAGGAGGUCUGCACAGGUCUCACUGGUCACACUGAGGUGGUGAGGGUGGUCUUCUCCCCUAAAGAUCUCAGCGUUGAGGAGCUGCUCAAAAACUUUUGGGAAAACCACGAUCCCACCCAAGGUAUGAAGCAGCACAAUGACCAUGGUACUCAGUAUCGUUCGGCCAUUUACACAUCCAACCCCACUCAACAGGAGCUUGCAUUGAAGAGCAAAGUGGCCUUCCAGCAGGAGCUGGAUAAAAAAGGCCUUGGUAGCAUCACCACAGAAAUCAUGCAGGACCAGACCUUUUACUACGCUGAGGACUAUCACCAGCAGUACCUCAAGAAGGUACCCAAGGGCUACUGUGGCCUCAAAGGCACCGGAGUGUCUUGCCCCAUCGGAGCCGGGAAGGAAGAACUGUGAGGGAUGUGUGGUGAGAAAGAAACAGAUGAGGAUUCUUUAAGGCUUAUAUGUUGUUUUUAAUCUUAAUCAUAAUCAUUUUUAAAAGUAUUUGAUGCACUUGCUAAAAAGAUUCACUUCCAUUGUAUGAUUUAGUAUAAUAUAAAAACAUAUCAGUCAGAUUGCAAAUAUACAUUUCUAAGCCUCAGGGAAUUUUUCAAUCAAAACCUCUACAUGUGAUUUUUAUGGCUGAUCAGCCUUGGAGAAUGAAUUUAGCGUCAGAAUCAACUUUGUGGGCCAAGUAUGUGUACACAUAAAGAGAACUUGACUAGAUACACAGCUUAAAACAAGGACAUACAUAGACAUUUGACAUAUCUAGAGAAAAGUAUUUAUAUAUUCAUAGAUCAGCCACAGCAUAAACCACUGACAGGUGACAUGAAUAACAUUGAUCAUCUCGUUACAAUGCGAUGUUCUGCUGGGAAGCCUUGGGUUUUGGCAUUCAUGUGGAUGCUACUUGACACAAACCACCUUCCCAAACACUGGUGCAGACCAAGUACACCUCGUCAUGGCAACAGCACUCCCCGAUAGCUUUGAACCCAAUACCACAAAAAACUGCUCAGGAAUGGCCGAACGAACGUGACAAGGAGCUCAACGUGUCAACCUGGCUUUGAAAUUCCCUAGACCCCAAUCUGGUUGAGUAUCCAUGGGACGAUAUCCCAGAGGUCAGAGCCAAGUCCAAUCCACAGGUAGGCGUCUCACCUGUUGAAGCAUAGGAACAGGACCUCUGGGGCUAUCCUGUGGUGUCUGGCAGCAGGGCGUUGGGGGCAAAUCCUUUGAGUCCUGUGGGUUGUGAAUUAGGGUACUGGCAUGCUCCACGGAUGCUUGAAUAGCUUAGGAUCUGGGGAAUCUAGAGGCCAGGUCAAUUCCUGAGCUCUUUGUCUCAUUCUCUGGGCCGGUGCUGUUGCCAUGAGGGGCUGGACUUGGUCUACAUCGGUGUCUGGGUGUGUGGUGCACGUAAAACUAUGAAAUUUGUAAAAACUAAGACAAUCGUCUCUUAGAUAGUUUUCUGUACAACACCUGUGAGACACAAAGACAAUUCAAAGUGUUUUACAUUAGACAUAAAAUGUAUUUGAACAGUAUAUGAAAGACAAUCAGAAGCUAAAUGAAAAGAGCAGUAAUCUUGAAGAUGCAGUGUAGCUGUAGUAGUAGUGGUCUGAUGGACUGCAGUAACAAGCUUUCUCCACAGGGUGGCAAUGUUUCUCAAAGAACAUAGUGGAGAGUAAAUGCAUCCCAUUUAAUGUGACAGAUUGGAGCUAAGACACCAUGUGAAAAGUUUGUAUUCCAUUGUUAGUUGAUUUUCUUUCUCCGUAUAACCAGAACACUGUGAUAGAACUCACACUUGACUCUCAGAGUAACAAUACUUAAGAUUUUUUAAAUGCAGAUUUUAAUAUGCAGGGUAGCUUAGUCAAACAAACACACUAAUGCCUGCUUGAAUUUAAUGCAAUCAUAUCAUUUUUAAUUUACACUGAAUAACUGAUGUGAAUGAUUUACCUUCAAUCGGAACACUGCCUUUUAUUUUCUUCAUGUAUCCCUCUGAAAAUAAUAAAACAUACCUCACCCA